ACAGUCAUGGCAUCAUUCCAUUCCAAAUGCAGUUAGUAUGUUACUGUUUUUCACACUCUGAUCAGUGCACACUCUUCAGUUAUCUGCAGGUGCUUGUAUCGUCAAAUGAAUCUCGUUCGAAACAGUUACGUCAUGUCUUCUACGUCUACACAAAAGUUCAUGACAAAAGAUCGAGAGAACAACAUGGAUUUCAAUGUGAGGAAGAGAAAAAGGGAGGACAGUGAUGUUGCACCCAUGAAAAAGAUCAAGGUUUGCAACAUCACCUGCUCCACUGAACCCUGCAACAAGGUGCAGGAGGGUGUUAAUGUGAGGAAGAGGAGGGCUAGUGAUGAUGGAAAGAUGCCCAGGAAAAAAGCAAGGCCUAGUGAAGGAUCAGUGGAGAAUUUCAUGAAACAGUGGGGCAAGAGAGAGGCCAGUGUCGACGCAGGGACAUCAGCAAAAAGGAUGAGGUGUAGCGACAGCACCAGCAUCACUGUGUCCAGCCCCACUGAAUCCAGUGCUGAUGUAUCCAUCUCUACUGGAUCCAGCACUACUGGAUCCAGUUCUACAAGAUCGAGCUCUAGCUCUACUGGAUCCAGCUCUAGCUCUACUGGAUCCAGCUCUAGUGGAUCCAGUGAGAAAGUGAUCAUCAGCCAUAUCUUUAACAACGCCUCCCUGGAAGAGCAGAAAGUCUUUGAGAUGGCCUCCUCAGGAAGCACUAGUAGAGCUGAAUUUGAGAACAAGUAUGUCCAGCAAGCUCCGAUCGGUUCGGGAGGCUUCGGUUCAGUGUAUGCUGGCUUCCGUAAAGAAGACUCUUUACCAGUGGCUAUCAAGCAUGUUCCCAGGGAUAUGGUGAGGCGCGAACGAGUGGUUUGCAAUGGGAAGAUGUUUUACAUCAUUCUGGAGGUGGCCCUCAUGCUCAAGACUGGAGGUCUACCAGGAUCAGUUGGACAAUCCGCCGCGAUAUCCCUUCUGGACUGGUAUGCUCUUGAACAUGAGUUAAUCCUGGUUUUGGAAAGACCAGCCUACUCCCUGGACCUUCACAAGUACGUCCAAAUCAACAGAGGCUCCCUGCCGGAACAUGAGGCUAAGAUGAUCCUGAGGCAGCUGGUGGAUGCUGCCAUUGACAUGCACGCCAAGGGUGUCUUUCACCGGGACAUCAAGUUAGAAAACACCCUGAUUCAGCGCUCUUCAACUGGUGCCCCAAGACUCCGGGUGAUUGAUUUUGGCUGUGGCAGCUUCUCAACAAAGACAUCUUUCCAUUCCUUCUGUGGUACCCCUGCAUACUCCCCUCCAGAGUGGUUUGAUUGCCGCACAUACUGGGCUCGUCCCACCACGGUUUGGCAGCUGGGCGCACUCUUCUAUUCGUUGCUGAAUGAUAGAGAGUAUUUUUCAACAUCAGGCUUCAUCCACCACCACAUUAAAAUCGACAGUGAGCUGUCCCAAGACUGCAAGAUGUUGUUGGACAUGUGUCUGGCCAGAAACCCAAUGGAGCGUGCCACUCUGCAGGAGCUACAGUCCUUCCUUGCCCUCACAUAAUCCAGCCCUCCACCCAUCUAAGCCCUCCUCUUCAAUAAAAGGCCUUCAGGUUGGUUCCUCCCACCACCUCAUAUUGUCACAGUCAGGACAGCACCACACACAUAUCCACAUUGCAGGAAACAGUUAGCAUUGAAUAAUACUCUGUGAUGUCUGUUCUUUGCAUGGGAUCCUGCUGUCACUGUUUCUCCUCCUGCUGAGAUGCGCUGGAGCCCACCUGACCUCCAUCACUGUCUGCUGUGUGUCCUGCUGCAUCCUCAGAAAUGGAACAUUAACACCAGGGAGGAAACUGGAAAAAACACAGCAACAACAAAAAAUAUGUUUGCAAUGGGAGGCUGUUUGACGUCAUUCUCAAGUUGGCCGUUAUGCUCAAGACUGCAUGUCCACCAGAAUCAGUUGGAUAAUCUGCCACGAUAUCCCUUCUAGACUGAUGAUCCUGAGGCAGCUGGUGGAUGCAGCCAUUGACAUGCACGCCAAGGGUGUCUUUCACUGGGACAUCGAGGCCUUCAGGAUCCUGCUGUCACUAUUUCUCUCUCUGCUGAGAUGCGCUGGAGCCCACCUGACCUCCAUCACUGUCUGCUGUGUGCCCUGCUGCAUCCUCAGAAAUGGAACAUUAAUACCAGGGAGGAAACUGGAAAAAACACAGCAACAAAAAUGGAUCAUGAAGCCACCCAGCCUUCCGUGCAGAGGGAAUCUCUCCAAUUUCCAUAUAGGCUCGGGAUUUUGGGAAGUUUUUCCUCGUCCUCUUAGAGAGCUUGGACUGGGUCAAGAACUAAAGCUGAUGUUCGAUCUACAAAUAAAUUGACCUUCAGUUGACAUGGUGGUGUGAAUUUUAAGUAAGGCUGUGUUAGAGCACUGUGAGCGUGUUUACGAGACAUUUCUUGAGAACAGAAAAAGAAAUGUACUAAGCAUAAGUCAGGCUAUUUUUUUCUGUCAAACAUGUUUAAAGCUAUGAUAUAUCUGGUUUAUUUUACUCAUGUAGAAACAGAAGUACAUUGUGACCACUUACGGUUAAGCACAUCUUGUGAUGAAACAUUUCACACUUCUUUAUUUCUUAAAGAAUCAGCUGGAAGCUGUCUGUUUAAAACCUCAGCAAAAAAUGUAAGCAGCUAUGAUUUCACCAGCAUAAUAGGUAUGAUGACAGUAAAUGAUCAUCUGAGAAAUCCAACUGAAAGAACAUCUGAAAAUAAAAACUUUACAUGAAAGCAAAGUCCAAAGAAAAAAUAAAGUAAGUUCAAUAGUGGAAACCUUCAGAUGAGUAUUUUAAUGAUGAACUACUGUUAUUUAAAUGUUAAAACAGAUACAUUUCCAAAAUAUAAAAACCUUAGAGCUGAUAUAAAAGUUCUGAAAGAGCUACUCCAGGCUUUAUGACUGGCAAAGACAGACAGAGACAAGUAAUCUUUCAGCCUACAUUUAACUGCCUCAAAUGUAUAAUACAGUAUGUAUAAAUUAAUACAGAGCUCCUGACAUCAAUGUAUUUGUACAAUCUGACUAGAUGUAUACCUUAUGGACAUUACACAAG